UGAAUAGGACAUGAAGAUCAACAGACGCACGCUAUGCAGACGGUCUGGGUGAACAGCCUGACGACAAACUUAACCAGCUAGCCAACGAAGCAUUUAUUUAAUGGAAAACUUGCUCUUCAAGCCAGUUCUUGUGUGUCUGCGAAACCCAAAGUAAAAACAGUCUCUCACUUUGACAAAGUCACACUAUCAGUAUGGUGUCUUAUAAGCGGCUGAACCCUGAAGAUGUUCAGUUUUCCAGUGCAGUAUUGUUAGAGGAGCCUCGUCCUGUCCGUGAAGAAAUUCCAGUGCCAGAGCAAGAAGAAGCCACCCUGCUUCCACGGAGGCCAACAUGCUCCAUCACCACAGGUCUCUUGGUGAUUGGCUUCCUGCUGCUGCUCCUCUGUGGAGGCUGGCUGCUGGGCACCAUGUUCUGGCUGCACAAUCCGUCCAAUCCGUCCAACCAAGGCCCACGUAGACCCCCGUCACCAGCCGCCUCACCAACUUUAGAAUAUGAGGAGAAAAAGAAAGUCAUGAACGACACUGAAGCCGCCGCCCGCCGCGAGGCUUGUACUUUAAUCCCUGAGGCGUGGAGAUUUGAUUGCUACCCUGAAAGAGGCGCGAUUGUGACCCAACAGAUGUGCGAGGCAAGGAAUUGCUGUUUCAUCCCAGCAUCUUCUCCCGCCUCCUCGGCCUCCAGCACCUCACGGAGGAAUGGUAUCCCCUGGUGUUUCUAUACACCGGAUUUCCCUUCCUACUCACUUGUGUCAAUUGAAGACACGCCCCUGGGACAGAAAGGGAAGCUGGUAAAGGAUGUGAAGACCUACUACCCAGCAGACAUCCUCAAUCUAGAGGUGGAGCUCCGUUCUGAGACGGACACGCGGCUUCAUGUGAGGAUUACUGACCCCUCAAGUUCAAGGUUUGAGGUUCCCAUCUCUGUUCCCACUGUCACCAAGAAGGCUGAAAGUCCAGACUACAUCAUAGAGCUUUCGAAGACGCCGUUCGGUCUCAUUGUGAAAAGAAAAUCUACAGGAACGGUGCUUCUGAACACCACCGUGGCUCCUCUCUUCUAUGCUGACCAAUUUCUCCAGUUCUCCACCUCCCUGCCCAGCCAGUUCAUAUAUGGCCUGGGGGAGCACCGCUCCACCUUCCUACAUGACGUCCACUGGAACACACUCACCAUGUGGGCCAGAGACGUGCCUCCUAUGGAGCAGACAAACCUGUAUGGAGCCCAUCCUUUCUACCUGCUGAUGGAGGAUGGCGGGAACGCACACGGCUUCUUCCUGCUUAACAGCAACGCAAUGGAUGUGGCUCUUCAGCCCGCCCCCGCUCUCACCUGGCGGACGAUCGGUGGAAUCCUUGACUUUUACCUUUUCGUCGGCCCUGAUCCGGCUGCAGUGAUUGAACAGUAUAUCGAGGUCAUAGGCUUCCCAGCGAUGCCCAUCUACUGGGCUUUAGGCUACCAUCUUUGUCGCUGGGGUUACAACACUAGUGAUUCCACCUGGGAGGUUGUCAAGAGAUUAAGGAACUAUGGGAUACCUCAGGACGUCCAGUGGAAUGAUAUCGAUUACAUGGACGACUCUAAGGACUUCACUUUUGACUCGACAAAGUUUGCCACACUUCCUGAUCUUGUCAAAGACCUGCACGCUCACAACCAGCGCUACGUCAUGAUGCUGGACCCAGGAAUUAGCAGCACCCAGCCUGAGGGUUCCUAUUGGCCGUUUGAUGAAGGGCUGAGGAGAGACAUUUUUAUCAGAGAUGCUGAAGGAAAAGUACUCAUUGGACAGGUGUGGCCUGGUCUAACAGCUUAUCCUGAUUUUUCUGAUGAAGCGACGCAUGAGUGGUGGUACGACAACCUCCAGAGGUUCCAUGAGAAGGUGCCGUUUGAUGGAUUAUGGAUUGACAUGAACGAGCCGUCGAACUUCAUGGACGGUUCAACCAUUGGCUGUCCAUCAAACAGUCUUGAAAAUCCUCCAUACAUGCCGGGUGUACUGGGAGGUUUGCUGAGAGCCAAAACUUUGUGUGCCACUGCACAGCAGAAGCAGUCCAUACACUAUAAUAUACACAGCCUCUAUGGACUUAUGGAAGCUAAGGCAUCUGCAAGUGCUCUGAAGCGGAUUAUUGCAAAGAGGCCGUUUAUAAUCUCCCGCUCAACCUUCCCCAGUCAAGGGAUGUACUCGGGUCACUGGCUGGGAGACAACAGGAGCCAGUGGAAAGACCUGUAUACUUCUAUUUCAGGUAUGUUGACCUUUAACCUUCUGGGCAUCCCGUUGGUGGGAGCAGAUAUUUGUGGCUUCAGUGAGGAGCCACAGGAGGAGCUCUGUGUCCGCUGGACGCAGCUGGGAGCUUUCUAUCCCUUCACACGCAACCACAACGCCAUCGACAUGAAGCCACAGGACCCGACAGCAUUCAGCGCUCUGGCUAACACAGCCAUGAAGCAGGCUCUGCUGCUGCGUUAUUCUCUCUUCCCUGUCCUCUACACGCUCUUUCAUCACGCACAUGUUCACGGACACACGGUGGCACGGCCCCUCAUGUUUGAGUUCCCGAAAGAUGUAAGAACCUACGGCAUUGACAAACAGUUCCUGUGGGGGAAGAGUUUACUGGUGACACCAGUGUUGGAGCCUGGAGUUGAUUACGUGAUCGGCUACUUCCCAGAGGGCCUGUGGUACGACUAUUAUGUGGGCGAUGCUGUUCACAGUAAAGGUGAAGAACUUCGACUCCAAGCACCGCUAGAUAAGAUCAACCUGCAUUUACGUGAGGGCUCCAUCAUAGCCACACAGGCUCCCAACCUGACCCUGUGGGUGAGCAGCGGUCAGCCCCUCCACCUGGUCUCUGCUCUCUCUGACGAUGGUUCAGCCAGCGGGGAUCUUUGGGAUGAUGGAGAAAGCAUCGACACCUAUGAGACCAACAAAUACGCCUACAUCAUCUUCAAUAUUACUCAGAACGUGAUGACAUCACAGGUGCUCCAUAGCAAUGUAGAGGCCACAUACAUCACCGUGGAGACGGCCUCUUUCUAUGGUGUGAAGAAGGAGCCAAGCAGAGUGCUGGUGAACUCCCAGGAUGCAACGUUCACUUACAGAACCAACCAGGUGUUAACUGUUUCAGAGCUCGGUCUCAACCUCAGUCAGAACUUCACCAUCAGCUGGAUGUAAUACGUCUGGGCUAUACAAUGUUGAGAAGGUGAUUUUUCCACUUUGGGACAUUUGAAGUUAAGAAACAAUAACUGAGGUUAAAGUGUUAGUGUGAUGCUAUCAGUGUAGGAGGGAUAGAGCUUUUUUUUAAGGGGGCUCUUUUUUUUUAAUGGCAUAAUUGCAAAGUGUUGAUUUGUUGGAGGAACUUUUAUCUCAUCUUGAAAAUAAAAUAUUGUUUUUUCAUCGUUCUUAUCAUUUUUAGUUGUAAUGCGGUACUCCAGCCAGAUGGUGGCUGUAGUGCAUGUAAAGCUCCUCUAAUAAUCUUUGAUUAUACCUCCGAUGAAAGCUUCGAUUCAGCACUUUAACCUCACAGGCAUUGUUACUAUGGUAUCUAAGGUAUUAGACUACAGAGACAAAACACGCUGUCGAGGAAACAGACGGACUCUGGAGUGAGUGAGAUCAGGGCUGUGGUCUCCAUGUUCAUAGUGUGGCAUCUAAAAAAAAUACACAGCCUUUCUGUAUACAGAAACAACAAAAUACACACUGACCUUCAGUAGACAGAACACUGCUUUAGAUAUUUGUGUUGUAAAUGUCUUGACUGUUUAUUGCUAGCUGAACUCUUACCCACCAUAAAAAACCAGCGUUGCUUUUGAACUGUUUUACUUUCAUUUUAAAAAUCAAAUCAACAUUUGAAAUGUUUUCAUGAGCAGGGAGAAGAUGUGCAAUAAAAUUAGAUAAUCUGCAUUUAUAGAAAUAAGUAGCUUGAACACAGCUCACUAUGUAAUAUAUUUGAUGUGCUUGAAUGCUGAUGAAAGCCUAUUUUUGCACUCAUUAGAACUGCAGUAUUGUAAAGUAUGGUACAGGUGCCUUAUGAUCCCUGCGUUUGUGUUUUGGAGCCUCUCUGAGUUUGUUCCAAAUGAUCUUUUGUUCAGCUUUUUAUGUUUUUAUUUGAGAAAACUCCAGCGUCGCUAUGCACAGAGAUUACUUUAGUAUAAAACUAAAAGUGAACAAGACAUGCUAUGUGUGUUCUGCUAUCAUUUAACUGUGAAUAAAGCUUCAACCUAAAGCGAGAUAUAUUUUCCUGGAGCUGGUGUAGUGAAGUUUUGAAGAUCUGUACAGAUAAUCCAGAUUAAAUUUUGACCUUGAUGCUGUGAAAAUCGGACUCCAUUGAAAGAAUUUAUCUCAGAUAAAAAGCUUGCACCUUCCUUUAAACUUUAAGUGUAAGAGAUCAUCAAUGAAUGUGUGCUGUAAACUAAGCCCAAACCCAACAUGUAUCAAGGCAUGUCAAGAUACUAAAUGUUAGUAUUUCAGUCUGUCAUUAUGAUGUUUGAUGUUUUGAUUUUUGUUCAAUUGCUUUCUUUAAUUAAAUGAAUAAUGUAAAAAUA